CAUUUAGUAACAUAAAUACUGGCUUGUUUAUCUCAUAUCUAUGUCAAGGUGAGCUUGUUGUAUAAAGAGCUCCGCAUUUGCUUUAGCAGCAGUCUGUCAAGUCCUCCAAGAAUGAAGUCCCUGGCUCUGCUUUUCCUGCUGUCUGUGGGCGCAGCCAGCGCUGCUGUCUCACCCAGGGCCGUGUGGGAGCUUCGCAGCAUGCUCAAGUGCACCAUCCCAGACAGCCAUCCUCUGCUGGACUUUGCAGACUACGGCUGCUACUGCGGCUUGGGAGGCAGCGGGACACCAGUGGAUGAGCUUGACAGGUGCUGUCAAGUCCAUGAUGCGUGUUACACACAGGCAAAGAAACUGGAAUCAUGCACGUUCCUCCUGGACAACCCCUACACAGAGUUGUACAAAUUCAGCUGCUCCAACGGGCAGAUUACGUGUAACAGCAAAAACGACGAGUGUGAGAUGUUCAUCUGCAACUGCGACCGCACCGCUGCCAUGUGCUUCGCCAAGGCGCCCUACAAUCCCGAGUACAGACACCUGGACACCAAGAAAUACUGCAGCUAGUCCUGCUCCUGUCCCUCGGGGUGGCACCAGGCCCGCGGCGGCCUGUCACUAAUAAACGCCUUGCAAGGA